AUGUACCUUUGUGCCUCCACAUUGUGGAAACUCACUUUAGGUGGCGGAUUUGGAGGAUUGUACACAGCUUUGAGAUUAGAAUCGCUUGUGUGGCCUGACGACAAAAAACCUCAGGUGGUUUUGGUUGACCAAUCCGAACGUUUUGUGUUCAAGCCGAUGUUGUAUGAGCUUCUCUCUGGAGAAGCUGAUGUGUGGGAGAUUGCUCCUCGUUUCUCGGAUUUGCUUUCAAACACUGGAAUCCAGUUUCUCCGAGAUAGAGUCAAAACAUUGCUUCCUUGUGACCAUUUAGGAGGGAAUGGUUCUGAAAGUUCUGUUGCUGGAGGAACCGUCUUGCUCGAAAGUGGUUUCCUUAUCGAAUACGAUUGGCUGGUUCUUGCUCUGGGCGCUGAACCUAAGCUCGAUGUUGUUCCCGGCGCAAUGGAGUUUGCUUUACCAUUUUACACUCUUGAAGACACUAUUAGGGUGAAGGAAAAGCUGAGCAAACUGGAGAGGAGGAAUUUCAAAGACGGCUCUGCCAUUAAAGUAGCUAUUGUUGGGUGCGGUUACGGAGGAGUUGAGUUAGCUGCAACCAUAUCAGAAAGACUGCAAGACCGCGGAAUAGUGCAGUGCAUCAACGUGUCAAAGAGUAUACUAACAUCAGCCCCUAAUGGGAACAGAGAAGCAGCUAUGAAGGUUCUUAUGUCGAGAAAAGUCCAGUUACUCUUGGGUUAUCUUGUUCGAUGCAUAAAGAGAGCUGGCGAUUCGGAAGCUUCAGAAGAAGAUGGAGGAUAUGUGUUGGAGCUUCAGCCUGCGGAGAGAGGAUUAGAGAGUCAAGUUAUCGAAGCUGAUAUCGUGUUGUGGACGAUCGGUUCUAAGCCUUUGCUGACGAAACUAGAACCUUCAGGCCCUAAUGUCCUUCCUUUGAAUGUUAGAGGACAAGCGGAGACAGAUGAGACACUCCGUGUCAAAGGACAUCCGAGGAUAUUCGCAUUAGGUGAUUCGUCUUCUCUCAGAGACUCAGACGGGAAGCUUCUUCCUACAACAGCUCAGGUUGCUUUUCAAGAAGCUGACUUUACUGGUUGGAACAUAUGGGCAGCCAUAAAUGACAGACCUUUAUUGCCAUUCAGGUUUCAGAAUUUAGGUGAGAUGAUGACUCUUGGAAGAUAUGAUGGUGCAAUUUCGCCGAGUUUCAUUGAAGGGCUUACGCUUGAAGGGCCAAUUGGUCACGCAGCAAGGAAGUUGGCGUAUUUGAUUAGACUUCCAACAGACGAACACCGGAUUAAAGUCGGAAUCAGCUGGUUUGCUAAAUCUGCUGUUGAUUCAGUUGCUUUGCUUCAGAGCAAUCUAACCAAGAUCCUAUCUGGUUCUUGA